ACUGGUGUCUUGAAGCCAGGUAUUGUGGUAACAUUUGCCCCAGCCGGCAUCACAACAGAAGUAAAGUCUGUGGAAAUGCACCAAUAGGCUCUGACUGAGGUUAUGCCGGAUGACAAUGUUGGCUUUAACAUGAAGAAUAUAUCUGUGAAAGAUAUCAGGAGAGGGAAUGUGGCUGGUCAUAGCAAAAAUUAUCCUCUAAUGCAGGCUAGCAGCUUCACAGCUCAGGUGCUCAUCCUUAAUCACCCAGGACAGAUUGGUGCUGGCUAUGCUUUAGUCCUGGAUUGCCACACAUCUCACAUAGCCUUUAAGUUUGCCAGAUUGAUGGAAAACAUAGACCGCAGGUCUGGCAAAACAUUGGAGGCUGAACCCAAGUUCUUAAAAUCUGAUGAUGCUGCAAUUAUUGAGAUGAUUCCAGAGAAGUCAAUGUGUGUGAAGACUUUCUCAAACUAUCCUCCUCUUGGCCGAUUUGCUGUCCGUGAUAUGAGGCAAACAGUUGCAGUGGGUGUUAUCAAAGGUGUGGACAAGAAAGCUCAUUUUAGAGUGGCCAUUUAUUGUCACACAUCCCAAACAUCGGAUGCACCCCCUUAUGUUGUGUUUGUCCACUUUGGAGUAACUUUCAACUGGGUCAGUAUGCACCAACAUGUCUUUGAGGUUCUUGCCCCUCCUAUAGCAUAUCAGUGGUUUCUCCUUAAAAAUCCUGGGCAAACUUUCAUCCAAGGCGACCAUCCUCCAAUUGUCUUUGACAAUCGCUGUAAAUUCACUUGA